AUGUACAUCUCUAGCAUUUUUGCUCUUUUAAUUGCGUUCUUUAUUUAUGAAAACAUUGUGGAGCUUAUUUUUCCUAACCCACGACACCUGUCUCUGACAGAGAAUUAUGUGAACGGGAAUCCCCCUAAGAGCGACAAGUUAAAACCCUUCCACUAUGAUACCCCAAUGACAUUAUACGAAUAUUUCAAGAUCGUCCUAUUCACGCUCUCUGGGGUCCUGGUGCUUCGCAUUGCAGUUGUAUUCUUGAGCAUCGUUUUGGGGAUGGUUUGUGUAACUGUCAUGGGGAAACGAAAUCGAGUACACCACCCUCUCUGGUUUUCUUUCUGGAUGUACCCGAUCAACUUCUUCGGUACUAUUAUGUUGGCUGCUCUUGGCUUCUACAAUACUAGGGUCUAUGGUAAAGUGGCACCUCGUUCCCAAUGCAAGCUGCUCAUUAGUAACCAUAGUUGUGUGCUUGAAGUGGUGUUUCUUGCCCUUCUUGAAAGGCUUCCUUCAUUCGUUUCGCGUAAAGAGAAUGAAAGUAGCUUCUUUUUCUUAGUAGUCGCGCGAAUCUGCGAUGCGAUUCUGAUUGAUCGUAAGUCUCCCACGUCACGCAAGGAAGCCCUUGAUGCUAUUUGUAAACGAGCAAAAGAUCCCUUAGGACUCCAGCUCAUGAUAUUUCCUGAGGGUUCUACCGCAAAUCAAUUAGCAUUAUUACGGUUCCAAAAGGGAGCCUUUGAAUCAGGAAAUCCCGUCCAGAUGGUUUGUAUAUACUUUCCGUACAAGCACUUUAAUCCGACGUGGGGAGGAAAGAUGGUAGGCGGUAACGAUGUGCAUGAAAUUGUUUUGCGCUUGUGUUGCCAGUUUGUCAAUUAUGCUGAGAUUCGUGUCCUACCUGUGUAUUAUCCCACAGAGGCAGAGAAGAACGAUGCCAUUCUGUAUGCAAAUCACUGUCAGAAAAUGAUGGCCACUGUUCUUAAUGAAUCUGUCAGUGACGCAACUUUCUAUGACUAUGACGAAGCUGCAAAGCUGUAUCGUCAAAAAAUAAAAUCGAGAUAG